AUGAGCCCCCUUGGCUGGCUUCUGCUCGGUUGCCUGGGCUGCGGACUCCUGCCUGGAGCCAGGGCCCAGUUCCCCCGGGCCUGCAUGACGGUGGGCAGCGUGGUGAGGAAAGAGUGCUGCCCGUCUCUGGGUGCAGAGCCGGCCAACGUCUGCGGCUCUCAGGAGGGCCGGGGACAGUGCACAGAGGUGCGAGCUGACACCAGGCCCUGGAGUGGCCCUUACAUCCUGCGAAACCGGGAUGACCGCGAGCAGUGGCCGAGAAAGUUCUUCAUCCGGACCUGCAAGUGCACAGGAAACUUUGCUGGCUAUAACUGUGGAGACUGCAAGUUUGGCUGGACUGGUCCAAACUGUGAUCAGAAGAAACCAGCAGUUGUUCGGCAGAACAUCCACUCCUUGACUCCUGAGGAGAGGGAGCAGUUCUUGGGCGCCUUAGACCUUGCGAAGAAGAGCGUGCACCCCGACUACGUGAUCACCACGCAGCACUGGCUGGGCCUGCUUGGGCCCAACGGGACCCAGCCACAGAUCGCCAACUGCAGCAUUUAUGAUUUUUUUGUGUGGCUCCAUUAUUAUUCUGUUAGAGAUACAUUAUUAGGACCAGGGCGCCCCUACAAGGCCAUAGACUUCUCACACCAAGGACCUGCCUUUGUUACCUGGCACCGGUACCAUUUGUUGUGGCUGGAAAGGGAUCUCCAGAGACUCAUUGGUAAUGAGUCCUUCGCUUUGCCCUACUGGAACUUUGCCACCGGGAGGAGUGAGUGUGACGUGUGUACAGACCAGCUGCUUGGGGCAGCAAGACAAGAUGAUCCAACUCUGAUUAGUCAGAACUCCAGAUUCUCCAGCUGGGAAGUUGUCUGUAACAGCUUGGAUGACUACAACCGCCGGGUCACCCUGUGCAAUGGAACCUAUGAAGGUUUGCUGAGAAGAAAUCAAGUGGCAAGAAAUAAUGAGAAAUUGCCAUCCUUAAAAGACUUACAAGAUUGUCUGUCUCUCCAGAAGUUUGACAAUCCCCCUUUCUUCCAGAACUCUACCUUCAGCUUCAGGAAUGCCCUGGAAGGCUUUGAUAAAGCAGAUGGGACCCUGGAUUCCCGAAUGAUAAGCCUUCACAAUUUGGUUCAUUCCUUCCUGAACGGGACAAGUGCUUUGCCACAUUCAGCUGCCAAUGAUCCUGUUUUUGUGGUCCUUCAUUCCUUUACUGAUGCGAUCUUCGAUGAGUGGAUGAAAAGAUUUAAUCCUCCUGCAGAUGCCUGGCCUCAGGAGCUGGCACCCAUUGGUCACAAUCGGAUGUAUAACAUGGUUCCUUUUUUCCCUCCGGUGACUAAUGAGGAACUCUUUUUAACUGCAGACCAACUUGGCUACAGCUAUGCCAUAGAUCUGCCAGUUGUAGAAACUCCAGGUUGGAUCACAGUUUCACUGGUUAUGGGAAUGCUGGUGGCCUUGGUUGGUCUUUUUGUGCUGCUGUUUUUUCUUCAAUAUAGACGACUUCGAAAAGGAUAUACACCCCUAAUGGAGACACGUUUAAGCAACAAGAGAUACACGGAAGAAGCCUGUGGUGCUCCUGCCUUACCCUAG